AUGCACGGCAUCGUUCACCUGUUACUGUUCGCCUCAUGGUUCCUGCCUCCUUCCAAUGCAGUGAAAGGCUCUCCUUCUCCACCCUCAACCAUUGACACUUUCCAACAAAGAGAGCCAUCCCUGUCUUCCGGAACGAUCCAUUCUUCUUCUUCUUCCUCAGAAACAGACGAUAGUCCAUUCGGAUCCAGGAGCUCCUGUGCCUUCACCCAUUUCCACCCCCGACGGUAUGCAGCGUAUCAUCUUCACUCACUGAAUCAAUCAGUUGUGCCAAGUAUCGCUAUCGACGGACUGUUGGAUGAACCGGCGUGGACUCAAGUGCCGUGGAGCGAGGAAUUUCAGGACAUUCGGGGUCCGACGUUCUGGUCCCAGCCAUGGUUCACGACCAAAUUCAAGCUCCGGUACGACCAGCAGUUUCUCUACAUCGGCGUCUACGUGGAAGAAACCGAGGUGUGGGCCAAGGCAUCCCACGACAAUGAUGUGAUCUUUCAGGACAACGACUUUGAAGUGUUUGUGGAUGCUGACGGGAGUACGCACAACUACAAGGAAGUGGAGCUCAACGCUCGAAAUGCGACGUGGAACCUCUGGCUUAAUCGUCCUUACCGAGACGGUGGUCACGAAAACAGCACGCGCGUUGAUCCCCAACAUGGGUUUGACAUGUUGAGCAGUGGAAUGCGCUUCGGCGGUCUAUGUCAAAGGCCCCAUCAAUGA